AUGACCUCGUCAUGUCCAUCAUCAAAAGACUCUGCAAAGUCAUUUCCUGAAGUCGUAGAUGCGUGCAUGGCCAAAAUCACAUUCACCGAUAAUGACCUUCUACUCGGCGACACACCUCAUAAUCGCCCUUCAUUAAUGAUUGGGUUUGCACGUGAGCAAAAGGUGAACAGAAUCCUAAUCGAUGGUGGAUCUAGAGUUAACAUCCUUCCUAUUCACAUAAUGAAGGAGCUUGGAAUCGCAAUGGAGGAUCUUUUCGCAAGUUGUUUGAUGAUCCAAGGAUUCAACCAAGGGGGACAAAGAGUCAUAGGAGUUGUCAAAGUAGACCUCACCAUCGGCGAGCUGCAAUCUAACGCGUGGUUGCAUGUGAUCGAUGCAAGGACUUCAUAUAACAUCUUGCUCGGUAGGCCUUGGGUACAUGAGAAAAAGGUGAUCCCCUCAACCUACCACCAGUGUUUGAAGUAUCAUGAAGAUGGGGUUGAAAAGAAGAUUAUGGCCGAUGAUAAUCCAUUCAUUGAAGCUAAAGCGCACUUCGCCAAUGCCAAGUUCUACUUAAAGAAAUGUGCCGCAAAAGUUGAUGAAGUUGCAAUAAUCGAUAAUGCUGAGUUCAUGAACAAAAUUGCAAAAAUAGUUGCUUGGAAGGAGAAAGUAGCAGUUAAGGAAGAUCAAAGGUCCUUCGAUGUGAGUAAGUUUCCCAACACAAAUGGUGCUUCUUCGAGUACGAAAGUGACUUCUGUUCUUCAUUAUGUUCCAAAGGCCAAAAAGGAUGAGGGAAACAUGUUGGGAGGACUGACCCUUCCUAUCAAGCAGAUUGACACAAUAAAGUCAUCCACGAAAUUACUUGGAAGAUUUGUGGCUAGCAGUUCACCACACAAUGAAGCACUCUCUAUGAAGCGUACAGAUGAAGGUUUUGAUCCAAAUGCUUACAAACGACUUGCAAAGGAUGGAUACAAUCCUAGCGAACCAUCAAAAUUGGGGAAGAUUCUGAUGGAACCUGUAGCGAGGCAAAAACGUGAAGGUUUAGGAUAUAAGCAACCCCCACCAGUUCGCAUCUCCAUAAGAAGGGUAAGUAACAACUACAUUACUGCGGAAGAGGAACCUCUCGCUUCUAACAAAAGGCCGUUUGUUUUUGACCGACUUGGAAAGUUGACCGCGAGGGUUUCUGUAUUUGAGAGGAUGAGGCGGCAAACGGAUCUUAUGGUCUCAUAUGGAGAAGUACUAAAAGAAAAUUCGCAUAUUGUGGUCUACACCAAGGAACGGGAUGAAGAUGAACAAAGUGUUGGCUCUUCAUAUCAUGUUACUUGUAACCAUAUAUCUAUCAACGAUGGAGAACCUCAAGAAGAUGAAGACGCUAAGGAUGCUCUGCCCGAAUUUGAAGAAGGGGUUAAAACGACAGUCAACGCAUUGAAAGAAGUCAACCUUGGAACUGAUGAAGAUCCAAGGCCCACUUGUGUAAAUUCUUUACUUGCAGUCGAUGAAGAGAGUGCUUAUGUCGAAUUACUUAAAGAAUAUAAAGAUGUAUUUUCCUGGAGUUACAAAGAGAUGCCUGGCUUAGACCCUAAAGUUGCGGUCCAUCAUCUCACUCUCAAGAACGUUCUAGCAUCUCUUGUGCCUGGAAAGCCAUUGAUACUACACGUAUCGGCACAAGAAAGAUCAGUUGGAGCACUCUUAGCCCAAGAGAAUAGCGAAGGGAAAGAAAAUGCCCUUUACUACUUGAGUAGGAUAAUGACGCCAAAUGAGUUGAAGUAUUCGCCGAUGGAAAAGCUAUGUCUGGCCUUAGUCUUCUCGAUUCAGAAGAUGAAACACUACUUUCAAGCUCAUAUUGUUCGUCUUAUUUCCAAAGCAAACCCCAUCAAAUUUGUGAUGUCGAAACCUAUCCUUAGCGAUCGACUAGUAAGGUGGUAUCUCCAAUUUCAACAAUUUGAGGUUGUGUACGUUCCUCAAAUAGCUGUGAAAGGGCAAGCAUUGGCGGACUUUUUAGCAGACCGUCCGAUACCCAAUGACUGGGAGUUAACUGAUGAACUACCCGAUGAGGAUGCAAUGGUCAUUGAAAUUCAACAGCCUUGA